CUUGUCUUGUCUCUUGACCUGAUCCCUUAUCCUCUCCUAUCCUCCCCCCCCUUCACCCUUCACCCUUCACCCUUUAUCCUUCAUCCCCUGCUCUUGUAUUCCCUCCCUUUCCAAAACCACUCCCCUACACUCCCCUAAACUGCCGGUAACGGUUGAUCUUUCCAUCCUCGCUUCCCUCCGUCUCCAUAGUCCACUUCCGUCCCUGCGAGUCGCGUGCCUGCAUACGGCCCCGUCGUUUUCCGCAUUUGGCUUCCUCCCGCUUGGCUGGGUCUCUGCCAACACAGCAGAUAGUUGUGUCGCCGUUAGCCGAUCUGGACGGACCACAGCCGACUAUAUCUAUCAGAAAUACUUCCCACCCCCGGGGAGUCGCCCAUCCGACGCUCUCCCUCAUUCUCUUCUGCCCAUCCAUGUAUCUCGCGCAGACCUUGGAUCAGAGUGGCUCGUCAGGCCUGGGACGCUUUACUAAACACUUGUGUCGCGGAUCUCAGCUGUGAAGAUGAUGGUCCCCAGAGCUUUCCUUUUCAGUUCCAUGCCUCCUUCUCCGAAGACCUCCCUCCGCCAGCAUGGCGAGAAGAUCCCCAUCGCCAAGGAUCUCUCGGGCCUCGAACUGCCGUCAGAGGCCUCUCCGCAGACCAUGCACACCAGUCCGGUUGUUAUCCCCCCGAAGCGGGCUCCUCGGGUCACAUCGGUACUUUCACAGACGGCGAAUAAGGGCCCAACGACUCCGAGGAAGCCCAGGACUAUGUCCCACAGGUCAUCGUCUUCCACCUUGGCUGAACGGCCCGUGCCAAGUACCAUCGCGUCCAUCCUCGAAGCCACGGCCAUCCCGGUCCCUCGUCGGAAGUGGGGGGCCCGAGAGUCUCGCAGCCGCAAGCUGCCCCGCGGCAACCAUGUGCAGGAUUUCAGCAAGUUGUUGAUGGACGGGGUCGGCGAUAAUUCGAUGGACAGCACGGGCAAUACGGCGCUGGACCUGCUUCUGAGCCCUCCGGAGGAAACCGACAAGUCCAGCGACUACGACAGCGAGGCACCGUCCUUUUCCGCUUGUUCCAUGUCUAUUGGGUCGACGCCGUCCCUGGAACACGACUACGACUCUCCCUCCAGCAUCCCGGGGCCGUCUACGCCGUCGAUCCACCGCAGCCCGCUGGAGAGGAAGUUCCAGCGAUACUCGACAUGUGAAAGCUGCAUCUUCGACCACCCUCUACUGGACACGGAAACCUCGGACACGGAGGAGUAUGUGCUGUCCGAUCCUGUCACCCCGAAGACCCCGACCCCGUCUCGAACAUUAGGAUCCACCUUCAAGUCCAACCUCACGGCGUCGCUGCGGGCGAUCAAAUCGGCAGCGCAGAGCGUGUCCACAUUUGCUACUCCGUCGGUCCCGCAGGACGAUUUUUUGACGCGGUCUCUCUUCACGAUUACGCCGGAGAUGACGGACGACCGACGGCCUCCGCCCAUGAACGAGCCCCCGUCUCCCGCGCUACGGCGGUACCUGAAUCCAAUUACUGUCUCACCCGCGGAAAUGUACGCUUAUCAGGACUACCCACACGAGACGCCAGACUCCCGCAACUGCCCUGUGUCCGUGCAGAUGCAAACGUACCAUCGUUCGGGUAGGCGCGGCAGUCGCAGGAGCGGGUUCCACCUUGCAGGCUCCGAGGGCCGUGACCGACAGCUGCUACCGUUUGACCCGGAGAUCCCGCCAAUGUCACGUCAGCGCGAGCCUCGGGAGAACAGCGAUUUCCUGCGGAUGGUGGUUCUGGAGAUGAACAUGCGGCGCAGCGGCAAGCUCCGAGAUGACAUCCCCACGCGGGCUCGGGUCUGGCUGCCUCCUCGAAAGGGCAGCCAGGGCCGUUUCGCGCGGCACGACUACUACGAAGACGAGGACGAGAACGCGGUUCCGUCUCGCUGGGUGGGAGUCUCGAUGAGCAGUUUGUAAACUGGCUACUCAUCUUCUUUCCACCCUCCUUUGCUUUUUUAUUUCUUUCGCUCUCUUUGCUCUCACCCACUCGCACAGCGCCGGGCGUGACUUUCGGGCUUCGAUAUAUUUUUUCACCCUUGUACAUACAUACAUACACACUCAGAUAUACAUAGAUUGGUUAGGUACGGAGUAGCUGGGGUGGUUACCCUACGGGUUAGGGGACCAUAGCAAGGCGUUUGGG